UAUACAGCCAUGACUGGAAAAUUCCCUCUGAUUACAGCUUGAGUCAUCACUAACAUCCUCUGGUGAUGCAAACAGCCCCACUUCCUGCUGGAAUGGAGUUGCUCAGCUUUGCUACUUAUCCCUAUAAGGAAUCUUAUGAAACAUCUGCAGUUUCAACACAGGGGUGGAGAAAACGAGGAAAGGGAGGGCUUAUCAGUGUUUUUAUUCCAUUCUUUAAUUUACAUAAUUGCAAACUGCCCCUUUAACUACAAAAAAAGAAAGAAAAAAGAAACUUUUAUGAGGUAAAGUUGGUUCUUUCAACCACCUAUUCUAUCUCACAUGAGCUUGAGUCCUGAAGAAUGAGGAACAAGUGUGCCUUCUGCUCAUUACUCUACAGACAGGCGUGCACACGCGAACACACACACGCACUCAAACAUACGCACUCAAACAUACACACACACACACAGAAAGGAAGUGAACAAGGCAACAUCGCCCUUAUCUUCUCUGAACUCUCAAAUGGGGAGGUUUUUGCCUCAUAUUUGGACAGUACUGACUGUUCUUACAGUGGUUUCUACAGUUUCAGGUUCAAACAUAUGUACCUCAAGAGGUGUCGGAACCUGCAAAGAAUGUUUGACCAUUCAUCCGUCUUGCGCUUGGUGUUCUCAGAAAGACAUGGGUGACGGUGGCUCCACUGCUUCCCGAUGUAACCUAAAGUCCAUCCUGCUCCAGUCUGGAUGUAAAGCAGAGUUUAUUGAGUUUCCUGUCAGUAGCAAAGUAGUGGAAGAGGACCGCCCCCUCAGUGUUCAAGGUUCGACUGGUGACAUCACCCAGAUUCAACCACAGCGUAUCCGGCUAACCUUGCGGCCAGAUGACUCGAAGUUUUUUACGGUGACCGUUCGUCAGGUGGCUGAUUAUCCUGUAGACCUUUACUACCUGAUGGAUUUGUCCUAUUCUAUGAAAGACGACUUAAACAGCCUCCGCUCCCUUGGCAGUGACCUAGCUAAAGCUAUGGGGAGUAUGACCAGUAACCUGCGCAUGGGGUUUGGGGCAUUUGUCGACAAAACACUCGCCCCUUACAUGUACAUGUUUCCAGACGAGGCCAUAAGAAACCCCUGCCUUGGAAUUUCCACCACCUGCUCGCCUCAAUUUGGUUAUAAGAACGUCCUGUCAUUGACAGACCAGGUGAAUCGUUUCACAGAGGAAGUGAUCAAGCAGCAAGUAUCACGGAAUAGAGACUCACCAGAAGGAGGAUUUGAUGCCAUACUGCAAGCUGUUGUCUGCAAGGAUAAAAUUGGGUGGCGGCCUGGUGCAUCCCACCUGCUGGUAUUUACUACAGACGCUACAAGUCACAUCGCACUAGAUGGCAAAUUUGCUGGUCUUGUCCAUCCCAAUGAUGGAAAUUGUUACAUUAAUAACAACAUCUAUGAUAAGACUUCUAUACUGGACUAUCCCUCUAUUGGAAUGCUCACUGACAAACUGAGUGAGAAUAAUAUCAACCUCAUCUUUGCAGUAACAGAGAAUGUGAUACCUCUGUAUCUUAAUUACAGUAAGCUGAUUCCUGGUACCACUGUAGGGAAACUGUCUUACGACUCUAAAAAUGUUAUCCAGCUCAUCCUGGAUGCGUAUGCGAAUAUCAGGUCAAAGGCAGAGCUGGAGGUGUUGGGUGUUCCCAAUGAGCUAAGUUUGUCGUUUAAUGCCACAUGUCUCAAUGGAGAAUUGGUACCUGGCGUUAGAUCCUGCUCAGGACUUAAAAUUGGUGAUACGGUGUCCUUCAGUGUAGAAGCAAAGCUCCAUAGCUGUCCUAACGUGAAGAGUCAAACCUUCAUUAUCAAGCCUCUGGGAUUUAAAGAUUCACUGCAGGUGACUGUCGAUUUUGCAUGCAACUGCUCCUGCCAAGACACUUCCCAGCCUGCUAGCCCUGCCUGUCAUAAUGGAAAUGGCACACUGGAGUGUGGUGUUUGUCUGUGUGACCCAGGACGCCUGGGACCACAGUGUGAGUGCACUGAGGCUGAUUAUAAGCCCACUGACACGGACAGCUGUAAACCUGCCCCUGGUGCACCUAUCUGCAAUGGACGAGGCGAUUGUUUGUGCAGCCAGUGUAGCUGUCACUCAAGAGACUUUGGGAAGGUAUGGGGCAAAUACUGCGAGUGUGAUGACUUCAGCUGCAUCCGCUCCAAUGGUCAACUUUGCUCUGGCCAUGGGGAUUGUGUAUGCGGGUUCUGUCAGUGCAAUCUUGGCUGGACAGGCGAGAGCUGUAACUGCUCCUCAAGGAUUGACAACUGCAUGGCCGGCAUUGGACUGCUGUGUAGCGGUCGUGGUGAGUGUUUGUGCGGUACAUGUGCAUGCACUGUGCCUGGAGCCUACGGUUCCACCUGUGAGAAAUGUCCCACCUGCCCUGAUUCCUGCACUUUAAAAAAGGAUUGUGUGGAGUGCAAGCACUAUAAGAGAGGACCGCUCUUUGAGAAGAAAACGUGCAACACUGCAAUGUGCAGAGAAGAAAUUCAACUGGUGGAUGAGCUAGCCUUCCAUGAGAAGAGCUCAGUGAACUGCAGCUACAAAGAUGAGGAUGAUUGCAUUCACCACUUCCAAUACUAUGAAGACAUCAACGGAAAAUCCAUCCUCUAUCUCGUUAAAGAACCCGAGUGUCCAAAAGGUCCUGAUAUCCUGGUAGUGGUGGCUUCUGUUGUCGGCUCUAUUUUUUUGCUGGGCUUGGCUGCUCUGCUGGUGUGGAAGCUGCUGAUCACUGUUCAUGACCGCCGAGAGUUUGCUAAGUUUGAGGAAGAGAGAGCCAAGGCCAAGUGGGAAGCGGCUAAUAACCCAUUGUAUAAAGGAGCUACAACUACAUUUACAAAUGUGACCUACCAGGGCAACUAAAGACCUGACUUCUUCAUCAACAUCAGCCUCAGUGAUGGUCAUGUGACCUCUCAGUGAAUGGCUCAGCACUUUACACCAAUCAGUGAUGCCCACUUCCUUGUUAGCUCUGGAAUGCUGACAUGUCGAUCCUGAUACUGUGCUGCCAUCAGAGCUGUGUCCGGGAUAUGCUUCCUUGAUAUUGAGCUGAAUUUUUUUCAUUGACUAAAACUGAAAUGAUGAUGAUGAUGAUGAUGAUGAUGAUGAUGAUGAUGAUAAUAAUAAUAAUAACAAUAAUGA